AUGCUGAGUCUACAAAGCUGGGUGAUGCUAGAUGGAGCCUCGAAGGAAUUUGUGCGCUUGCCUCGUGAGAGAGUCUUAAUCACCUCCCCUUCUCGCACGUCACUUGCCCUACAAACACCGAAUUCAUAUCCGGGCAAGGAACCGCUUUCAAUUAAAUGCAGUGACGGCAGAGCGUUUGUGACUACUCAAAGAUUGGUGUAUCUUCCAACGAGCCCAACUUCCCAGUUUCAAUCACUUUCCGUCCCUAUUCUCGCACUUCAAGAUACACAUGUGACGGCUCCCUUCUUCGGCCCAAACGUUUGGGAAGGCAUUUUUGCGCCAACGGCUGGAGGAGGGUUCUCUACACACCAUCACGUCGUCCAAAUCAAGAUUACAUUUCGAGAAGGAGGAGCUUUUGAUUAUCAGUCUGCUUUCGAGCAAAUCAAAGAGCAGGUUACACACGCGGCUGAAAUUGCCAGAGAAAGUGGGCGAGCGAACAGGAGCGGAGCUGCGCCAAUCGAUGUCGACUUAGAACAGCUACCCGCUUACGAGGGUCCGGGGACCUCCAGCACAGCUUCGCAACCAGUCACAUCAUCUUCGUUUCAAAGCGUACCACAGCUCCAAAGACCGACGCCUAUAAGCUCAGAUGGCGUGACGCGAGCUACUCUGCCAAGUUAUAAUGGUGAAGAUAUGGCAUCCAGGCUCGAACCAAGUACAGCAGAGCCGCUCCCUCAGCCUGACGAACCUCCACCUGGAUACGAUGAAGCGCAGUCUCAAAGCGUUGCAGAUCGACUGGAGUCCAAUCUACGAGAGCAAGAAAGUCGAGCAAAAUAG